AUGGCGCCUAACCGCCCCCAAUUCAGCUCAAUAAACAACAAUCCAUCACUGUGUUCUGCAUGGAUCAAAUCUGAGGGCCGCUGCUGCCAGAGACAGAUCUCUGCUUCUGAUAAGAAGAAGAGAGACGACCUCUUGCUCGUCUACCAGAGAAACUCGCGCCACUUGAGCAUUGAAAUGGAGCUAGUUCGACUUUUCUUCUGUAACGGUUGGCAUCGUCCUGGAGGGAAAUAUCCCAUCAACGAGUCGGCGCGAGGUAAUAUCAUUCUACUUUUACAAGCAGAAAAUACUCAUCCGGCGCAACCGCGAGGACAUCAUGAUACCGCUGGCGCAGCGGAGUCGGAAAAUAGCUCAUCCGUAGCUCGUCGUGCAGACACAGACAAUGGGCGUGAGGCUAGGCAAUCUUCACCUGCACAACAGCGUCAACCACCUGCCCUCUCUGAGAUGCUCUCAACGAAAGGCCCACACGAGCAAGACAGUGAACGUACAACGCCAUUUGUUGAUACGGGGGCUCCUUCACGACAGCGCAGACAGCAAGGCAGUUUUGACGACAACCGUGGCUACCGCCGGAGCGCCCGAAUCCAACAGCAGCAGCGUGCGGCUCCUAUUCCCGCUUCGACAGCAAGUCCCCACCCGGCACUUCUUCAAGGCGACGAAACUCAUGUUGCACCUUUCAUUACACGCCGUAGUCCACGACGACUACCGGCUCGAAACUUUGCACCGGCGUCGGUCGGGCGCGUUGAUCCCAGACUUUCCCAGGCGGUCGAAGUCACGAAGGAGUGCCCAAUUUGCAGAGAUGAGCUUGCCACUGCGCAAAAUGUGGCUAGAUGCCGCAGCUGCAGCAAUGACUAUCACAUCAAAUGUGUAUUUACUUGGCUCUCAGCUAGCCAGAAGUGCGCCACCUGGUAA